AUGGCUAUAGUGUCGGCCAUUAACCGUUACUACGCAGUGCAGUUUGGAACAAACCCAGACCACAAAGACCAUCGAGUGGAGGAGAGAUUAAAUAAACAUUGUUACACCGACGACAAAGACCAUCGUGUGGAGGAGAGAUUCCAUAAACAUGGUUACACAGACGACAAAGACCAUCGUGUGGAGAAAAGGUUGAAUAAACAUGGUUACACAGUCGACAAAGACCAUCGUGUGGAGGAGAGAUUGAAUAAACAUGGUUACACAGACCACAAAGACCAUCGUGUGGAGGAGAGAUUGAAUAAACAUGACGACAAAGACCAUCGUGUGGAGGAGAGAUUAAAUAAACAUGGUUACACAGACGACAAAGACCAUCGUAUGGAGGAGAGAUUGAAUAAACAUAGUUACACAGACGACAAAGACCAUCGUGUGGAGGAGAGAUUGAAUAAACAUGGUUACACAGACGACAGAGACCAUCGUGUGCAGGAGAGAUUGAAUAAACAUGGUUACACAGACGACAGAGACCAUCGUGUGCAGGAGAGAUUGAAUAAACAUGGUUACACAGACGACAGAGACCAUCGUGUGCAGGAGAGAUUGAAUAAACAUGGUUACACAGACCACAAAGACCAUCACCACCGUGGGGAGGAGAAAUUGAAUAAGCAUGGCUACACAGACCACAAAGACCAUCGUGUUGAGGAGAGAUUGAAUAAACAUGGUUACACAGACGACAAAGACCACCGUGGGGAGGAGAGAUGGAAUAAGCAUGGCUACACAGACCACAAAGACCAUCGUGUGGAGGACAGAUUGAAUAAACAUGGUUACACAGACGACAAAGACCACCGUGGGGAGGAGAGAUUGAAUAAGCAUGGCUACACAGACGACAAAGACCACCGUGGGGAGGAGAGAUUGAAUAAGCAUGGCUACACAGACGACAGAGACCAUCGUGUGAAGGAGAGAUUGAAUAAACAUGGUUACACAGACCACAAAGACCAUCGUUUGGAGGACAGAUUGAAUAAACAUGGUUACACAGACGACAAAAACCAUCGUGUGGAGGAGAGAUUGAAUACAGGGUAA